GCCAAGGUCAUCCGGCACCCCAGUUAUAAUUCAUGGGCCCUGGACAAUGACAUCAUGCUGAUCAAACUGGCAUCCCCUGUGACCCUCAAUGCCAGAGUGGCCACUGUAGCGCUGCCCAGUUCCUGUGCACCUGCAGGCACUCAGUGUCUCAUCUCUGGAUGGGGCAACACCUUGAGCUCUGGCGUGAACAACCCAGACCUGCUCCAGUGCCUGGAUGCCCCAGUGCUGCCUCAGGCUGACUGUGAGGCCUCCUACCCUGAAAAGAUCACCAAUAACAUGAUCUGUGUUGGCUUCUUGGAGGGAGGCAAAGAUUCCUGCCAGGGUGACUCUGGUGGCCCUGUGGUCUGCAAUGGACAGCUCCAGGGCAUUGUCUCCUGGGGCUACGGCUGUGCCCAGAAGGACAACCCUGGUGUGUACACCAAGGUCUGCAACUAUGUGGACUGGAUUCAGGACACCAUUGCUGCAAACUAAGCAUCCCUUUGAAGUCACUAUGCCAAUAAAGUGAAUGUUCCCUUA